GCCAUAAGUGGAUCAGCUCAUUUCUUCGUCUACGUGAGUUAAUGAAACCACUUAUCGAAAAUGUGACUGUGAGUCCUGAAAUUUUGUCUCAAAACUCACAGUCAGUUGUUGGCGCUGAUACACCAUAAGCGUAUUAAACCAGCGACUAAACCUCGCCAGAAGAAGGCAAGUCUUUGUAAUGUUUACAUGAUCCUAAACGUGACGAAGGAACGUUUCCAAACAAGCAGAAAUAACUCGAUGUGUAACAACUGACUGCUGUAAAGAUGUUUGUUAAAGAGGAGAGUGUGGACAGGAGUGAUGCAGAGACAUUCACAAUGAAAAUUGAAGAACAAAGAGCCCUGAUGGAAGUGAAAGAUGAAGAACUGAAUGAUGUUCAGGAGAUUCUUCAGUAUCAGGAAGUUCAUAAUGUCAAAACUGAAGAAACCCCCUUGAGUUACUCACAAACUGAAGAUAAUUUAUCACAAAGCAGGCACUCAAAAAACAACCCAAAAAUCGUUUGUCUGCCCUCAGUGUGGAAAAAGUUUCAAACGUAAAGGGCACUUAAAUGAUCACAUGAGAGUUCACACUGGAGAGACACCUUUCAUUUGCCCUCAAUGUGGAAAGAGUUUCAAAGAUAAGCGCAAUUGUACAAAUCACAUGAAAAUUCACACUGGCGAGAGACCUUUCACCUGCCUUCAGUGCGGAAAGACUUUCAGUCGUAGAGAACCCCUUGAUAAUCACAUGAGAGUUCACACUGGAGAGAGACCUUUCACCUGCCCUCAGUGUGGAAAGAGUUUCAAAGAAAAGGGCCAUGUUAAAAAUCAUAUUAAAACUCACAGUGAACAGAGACCUUUCACCUGCCUUCAGUGUGGAAAGAGUUUCAGUCGUAGAGAACUCCUUGAUAGUCACAUGAGAAUUCACACAGGAGAGAAACCUUUCACUUGCCCUCAGUGUGGAAAGACUUUUAGAUAUAAGAGCAAUUUUGAAGGUCACAUGAGAAUUCACACUGGAGAGAAACCUUUCACCUGCCCUUUGUGUGGAAAGAGUUUCAAAGCAAAGAGCCAUGUUAAAAAUCACAUGAAAACUCACAGUGAACAGAGGCAUUUCACCUGCCCUCGGCGUGGAAAGAGUUUCAGUUGUAAAGAACUUCUUGACAAUCACAUGACAAUUCACACUGAAGAGAGACCUUUUAUCUGCCCUCAGUGUGGAAGGAGUUUCAAAGAUAAGAGCAAUUUUAAAAGUCACAUGAGAAUUCACACAGGAGAAAAACCUUUCACCUGCCCUCAGUGUGAAAAGAGUUUCAAAGAUAAGAGCAAUUUUACAUAUCACCUGAGAAUCCAUACUGGAGAAAAACCAUACAAGUGCUCACGGUGUGGAAAGAGUUUCACCCAGAGAGGAAACCUGAACACACAUGAAAGACUUCAUACUGGAGAAAAGCCCUACAGCUGUCCUGCAUGUGGAUUGAGUUUUACCUCAGCAACACUUCUGUCGUAUCAUAGAAAAAGACAUUGUCAUCAAGAAAAUACUGUAGCUGCCCGGGAGCAUUCCAGAGGUGACCGACAAGACCGACUCAUUAUUUUCAUUAGCCAAAAUCCCCCACCCCACAAAAAGUGAUAAAGGUAACUGGAGACUUUAACUGCAUGCAUUUGUUUAGACAUUUUAUUUGAACGAGAAUGUUAUGAUUUUAGCAGGAUACAGCCCUAAUGAUUUAAGUCAUCACUUGAAAUAUUUGAAAGCAAACCUGGCCAUUCAGAACAAGAGUAGAAUAUGAGGAAAACGUAAUCAUUUUUCCAUAAUUCAUAAAAGUCCAGACUUUAAACCCCUUUAUUCAAAAUUGUACAGAACUUGCCCUUAUGAAAGUUUACUAAUGUUCUUAAUUGUUUAACAGUGUGCAAUAAUAAGGCCAUAUCACAUGUAAGACCAUUGGUGGCUCCUCAUUACUGUGGAUAGGUCAAUGUAGAUAAUCUAAUUAAUAGCCUAAACACAUUUAGACAUUUCAACUAACUUUCAGUAUCAAAUAGAUUUGCCCUAAUAGGCUUAAUAUGAAAAUGUAACAUUUCUGUCAUAAUAUCAGUUGGUAUUUCUACAGUAAAAACCUAAAACAAUUUUAGUAAGAGUGAUGAUGUGUACAUUGAAAAUUCUUGUCAUUUAUGCUGAUAUAGCCACAGUGUUGUUUCCCCUUUUUUUCAUCAGUGCAGUUUAAUGUUGAGGCUUUCAAGCUGUUUGAGAUGUAUGACAUUCUUCAAAGCACUGUAAUGUAGAACAAUCUGUGUAAAAUUUCUAAUGGUUUGCAUAAGUUCUGUGAUCUGAGCCACAAUAUUGAGGGAAGCCUGGUUGAAUCCAGCAUGCGCAGACUGAUCAGAAUGAAUUCGGAAACAAAAGGUUGACUUUUUUUUUUUUUUAAGAUAAAAUCGGUGUGUGCUAAACAAAAUUUUGAAACACUGCUCCCAGUGGCCAAAGCAGCCAAAUGUUGUUUUCUGGGUGUACUGUCC